AUUUCAUGAACUAAAUUAUAUUUACCUGACGCCUAUAGCCCCACUAUAGAGCAAUUAACUUUUUUUCAUGACCACACCAUGUCUAUUAUUAUUUCAAUUACAACCAUAAUUGUAUUUUUAUUAAAUUCACUAAUUUAUAAUAAACUUAUUGACUUAAAUAUUAAUGAAAAUCAAGUUAUUGAAACUUGAUGAACUAUUCUACCAACAAUUAUUCUUUUCUUCGUUGCAAUUCCUUCACUUAAAAUUCUAUAUUCUAUAGAAGAACUAAUUAAUCCAACAAUUUCAAUUAAAUCUAUAGGUCAUCAAUGAUACUGAUCUUAUGAAUAUUCUGAUAAACUAAAAAAAGAAUUUGAUUCUUACAUAAAAUAUUCUAAAAUUAGUGACUUUCGACUAAUUGAAGUUGAUAACCGAAUAAAGGCCCCCUUCCUUACCCAACUACGAAUGAUUUUUUCAUCCUCAGAUGUAUUACAUUCCUGAACAAUUCCUAGUUUAGGAGUAAAAAUAGAUGCAAUUCCAGGACGACUAAACCAAUCAAGCAUAUUAAUUAAAAAACCCGGAUUAUUUACUGGUCAAUGCUCCGAAAUCUGUGGAACAAAUCAUAGAUUUAUACCUAUUAUACUUGAAUCUGUCAAACUAGAAAAAUUUGUAAAAUGAAUAAAAUAA